AUUCAAGAAGGGCUUAGCAUAAAAAUCAAUCGAGUUUAUAAGCUUUCCAUACAGAAAACGACUUAGCGAUCACGCCCUUUCGAAAACUGCCACUUCGCAACCAUCGGUCAACCCCGUCACUUAUCCAGCCGCGGACUUUGACCCCGGUGGCAGACGUAUACGCUGCAAGCGAAAACUACAGUCUGUGUGUGGCGAGAGGUGAUUAGCUAACAGUUGUUCGAGGAUCAUCCAUCGUCCUCGUCGUCAUCCUCGUCGAAAAUGAUCCCGCGGAACGUCCAAACCGUGCGUAGACUCAACGUCCUGAAGCGUAUCCUUGCGAAUGGACCUAGUAGUGGUACCACUAGCAGUUCAGCGACCCUAGGAUUCCGACACAGUUCCACGGGGGCUACCAUUCGGAUCGAUGACGUCGAGAAGGAGAUUCAGCCGCCGAAGCAACAGGAACUGGUUCCGAAUGGAUACGUGAAAGUGGCGGAAACGGGUGAAGCACAGCUUUCGCAAACUCGGUUGCACCAUCUCCGGUGGAUGCUCCAGAAGGACAACCUGGGACAGGACAUGAUCCUUCUCGGCAGGCCGGGUAACCUGCGGAGGAAUCUGAUCAUGCAGUACUCGGAAUUGACGCGGAGGGAGGUGGAAUACAUUCUGCUGAACCGCGAUACGACCGAGAGUGACCUGAAGCAGCGUCGGGAGAUUCUGGACGGGACGGCUACGUACUACAAUCAGAGUGCUGUGAGGGCAGCUACAGAAGGACGAAUUCUGGUCAUCGAAGGAGUGGAGAAGACCGAACGGAAUGUGUUACCCAUAUUGAACAAUCUGUUGGAGAAUCGCGAGAUGCAUUUGGAGGAUGGAAGGUUUUUGAUUUCCGCUAAGAACUACGACAGCUUGUUGGAGCGUUUCAACAAAGAUCAACUGGACAAGUGGGGUCUGGUAAGAGUUUCCGAGGAAUUCCGAGUGAUUGCUUUGGGACUGCCGGUACCGAAAUAUAGAGGAUCACCCCUGGAUCCACCACUUCGAUCGCGGUUUCAGGCGCGGGACGUCAGCGAUCUACCUUAUGUGGAUAUUCUCACCGAGUGCAAAAUCCUGUCCGGUAAUAAGAGUCCCGAGGUUCUCACCAAACUCACCUCUUUCGGAUUCAGCGUCCUGUCCUCGGCGUCCACGCUACCGGACUUCCCGAUCGACAAUCUCCGCUACGCCGGAAUGCUGAUCAACAACAACCCCCUGCUAAAGGAACACAGUCUCUUGAGCCGGCUCUAUCCGUACUCCGUAUUUCUGGAGAAGGAAGGAGUUGGCCUUACCAAGUCCCUCAUGGAGUCGCUGAAAAUUAGUCCGGAACAAACCGCGUCCACGGAGAUUACCAGCGUUGAGCCCCUGACCGAAUCUACUCUAUCCGUAAACUUAAAGGUCAACACCAAACCCGUCAACUUUACGAUGCAACGUGGCAAGUCCGAUGUCGAGAACCUGCCCACAACCUACAAGAAGACCAACUACCAGCAGAAUCUCUUAGCAGACCUCAUCCAAUCCAUAGCCGUCGGCGAUGUCUGCCUGAUCGGUCCCAAAGGCUGCGGUAAGUCUAUCUUAGCGAACGAGCUCUGCCGGCUGCUCAAUCAGCAAGUGGAAACCAUGGUCCUCUACCAGGACAUGACGGCUCGGGACCUUAUUCAAAAGCGCACAACCAAACUCAACGGAGACACCGUCUGGCAGGACUCGCCAUUGCUACUAGCGGCCUUGAGUGGCCACGUGAUCGCUCUUGACGGUAUUCAUCGGCUACAUCACAGUACCCUAGCGAUUCUACACCGACUAGUGCACGACCGCGAGAUGCAACUAUACGACGGCAGACGUCUGAUGCGUCACGACCGCUUCGACGGCCUUCUGGAAACCGGCCUUACGAAAGAGGAACUCGCCACGCGUGGAAUCCUACGCAUCGAUCCGGCGUUCCGAAUUAUCGCCAUGGCAGAGCCACACCAAAAGACCGGAACCAACUGGAUCACCGCUGAAACGUUGAACCUCUUCUUGUUCCACGAAAUCCGAGGCCUCAGCAAGGAUGAAGAGCUCAACGUGGUCAACUCGCUCUACGGACCACUGGACAACACAAUGCACCAGAUCCUCCAGGUAGCCCAUUAUCUGCGGGCAUCUGGUGAUACCACUAUGCAGAAUCUAGCUAGCAAUCUGUCAACCCGUCAGCUCCUUCGUGUCGCCCGUAGACUCCACGAAUACGGCGAACACCUGUCGGACCGCUCGGCCUACAGUAUACUACACAACACAUUCCUUACGAAGUUCAUGCCCAAUCUACCUCGAAGCGUACUGGAGAACGCCUUACGUGCCUGUGACGUCGCUCCCGGCAAGGAGCACCGCGCCGAAGACAUCAGCAUCUCCACCGACAACGGUAUACUCCGCAUCGGUAACACGCAGGUGCCCAUCUACCAAACGGAAGCCGUCAGCAAGGUCCCGGACAUCGUCUUCUACAACGUUCCACAACACGUCAAACUCAUGGAGCGAUUGCUGCAGGACUUCACCCUCGGCGAACACCUCCUCCUAGUCGGUAACCAGGGAGUCGGAAAGAACAAAAUCGCCGAUCGUCUCCUGCAGCUUAUGAACCGACCCCGAGAGUACAUCCAGCUGCAUCGCGACACCACCGUACAAUCUCUAACCCUGCAAGCCAGCAUUCGCGACGGUAAGAUCAUCUACGAAGACUCCCCGCUAGUCAAGGCCGUCAAAAACGGACACGUCCUGGUCGUGGACGAAGCCGACAAGGCACCGAUCCACGUCACUUGCAUCCUAAAAACCCUGGUCGAGAACGGAGAGAUGAUGCUGUCCGACGGUCGCAAGAUCUGCCCACCUCCCAGAGGCACUCCUCCUCCGAACGACAAACUGAUCUACACCCAUCCGGACUUCCGGAUGGUUGUUCUAGCUAAUUGCCCAGGCUUCCCCUUCCUCGGCAACGACUUCUUCGCAGCCCUCGGCGACUUGUUCUCCUGUCACGCCGUCGAUAACCCCUCUCCGAACUCGGAAAUCUACCUCCUGAAGCAGUACGGCCCGGAUGUCCCUGAAGCCACCAUCCGUCAGCUGGUGGACGCCUUCUCCGAGCUGCGCGACAUGGCCGACAGCGGCAUCCUGAACUAUCCGUACUCCACCCGUGAGGUGGUCAACAUCGUCAAGCACCUGCAGAAGUUCCCCAACGACGACAUGGCCGAGCUGAUAGGGAACGUCCUGGACUACGACCGGUACACUCCGGAAACCCUAGAUCAGGUGACAAACGUGUUGCUCAAGCACGGAUUGGCGAUCGCUCCGUACGCCAAGAACGAACUGGCUGCAUUGCGGAAGCAGCGGGAGAUCCAGAUGACGAUCAAGAGCCACAGCGGGAAGGGCGUCUCCGGACCUAAGCACGGAAAGGUUGAUCCGAACAACGAUCCCCACGUAGGUGGGAACACCUGGGCAGGAGGUACCGGAGGUCGCGAUACAGCCGGAUUGGGAGGAAAAGGCGGCCCGUAUCGGUUGGACGCCGGUCACAAGGUGCAUCAGCUGUCCGACGCCGAGAAGGACGACAUACCGGAGCACGUGAAGCUGGCAGCAAGGGAAAUGAACCGGAAGGCGUUCGAGGAGAAGUUGAAGGAGAUCCAGAUGAGUCAGUACGAUCACAAGGUGUACAUGGAGUUCGCCGGACCCGUGCAGAAGCAAGUGCAGCAGCUCAGGGUUAUUCUGCAGGCGUUGCAAGCGAAGAGCAAGGAGCGACAAUGGCAGAAACAUCAAACAUCCGGAGAGAUGGACGAUACGAAGCUGGUGGAAGGGAUCACGGGUGAGAAGAACAUUUACAAGAAGCGCGUUGAGCAGGAUCCGGAACCGGGCCAACCACAGGAGAAGCCCAAGCGACUGAAGCUGGUGGUGGACGUGUCCGGAUCGAUGUAUCGCUUUAACGGCUACGACGGGCGGCUGGACCGUCAGUUGGAAGCGGUCGUAAUGGUGAUGGAGGCUUUCGAUGGGUUCGAAACGAAGAUCAAGUACGACAUCGUGGGUCACAGCGGUGAGGCCGUGGAGAUUCCAUUCAUCAACGUUAGCAAUCCGCCGAAGGACGACAAGCGUCGACUGGAAACGAUCAAGAUGAUGCACGCGCAUUCGCAGUUCUGCUGGAGUGGCGAUCACACGCUGCCGGCAACUCGCAAUGCCGUGGACUCGAUGGCCAAGGAGGACUGCGACGAGGCAAUCGUGGUGGUUCUGAGCGAUGCCAACCUGUCCAGGUAUGGGAUAUCGCCGAGGAAGUUGAACGACCUGCUGCACAAGCAAUCGCCGAAGGUACAGGCGUACGUGAUCUUUAUUGGCAGCUUGGGGGAUGAGGCGCAACUAAUCGCCGAAAAUAUGACGGCCGGGAAGAGCUUCGUGUGCAUGAACCUCGAACAACUACCGCAGAUACUGAAACAGAUCUUCGCUGCGUCUGUACUGCAGUGAAAUUUGUUUUGGAAGUGAUGGACAAUAAUUGGGUACAUUUUGAAUGUUUUGUUAAGUUUUACUUGUUACAGGGGUAAUGUUACCAAGGUUGACUGUUGCAUUUAUUACGAUGUAAUAGCUUAGGAGGACUAUUAAAUACAUAUCUUUCAGAUACAAACUCA